AUGGCCGGCUCCCAGCUCAAGCGCCUCAAGGCGUCGCUCCGAGAGCAAGGAAUUGUCGGCCCUCAGCAGUCGAAGAAGCAGAAGCGCCGUGUUGCUCAAGAUGAGCGCGCUCGUAACGAAAAGCGACUGCAGAGAGGGGUUGUGUUGGAAGGCAUCCGCGAACAAUUCAACCCUUUCGACCUGAAGCAUGCGAAAGGACCCAAGUUUGAGGUCACUACCAACCGACCAAAGGCACCUGGAAUUGCAGGCAGUAUCAAAGGCCGUCCUGGUCAGGCCAAGGCUGCCAGCGAGGAGAGGCGCCGAGAAACGCUCCUAGUCGAGAUGCAACGACGUAACAAGGUUGGAGGUAUCCUCGAUCGACGAUUCGGUGAAAACGACCCGACCAUGGCACCCGAAGAGAAGAUGUUGGAACGAUUCGCCCGAGAGAAACAGAGAAGUCACAAGAAGAGCUCCAUGUUCGACCUGGAAGAUGACGAGCCUGAAGAGAGCCUCACACAUAUGGGCAAAUCUCUUUCCUUUGACGAUAUGAAGCGUGUGGAGGACUUCCAAGAAGACGAUCUCGAUGAGGAUUACGACAGUGAUGGCUCAGUACGAGAGAGACAGCGACUGAAGCGCCUUCGCGAUAUGGCAGCGACAGGCAGCGACGGAGAGGAUGGCGAAAACGAUGAACCUGAGCGAAAAAAGACGAAGAAGGAGGUCAUGGAAGAAGUCAUUGCAAAGUCCAAGCUGCACAAGUACGAGCGACAGGCGGCCAAGGAUCAAGACGACGAUCUGCGAGCAGAACUUGACAAGGAGCUACCGAACCUCCAUGCGCUCUUGUCUCAGGGCCGCCAGGGAACCAAGGCUCAGGCUGCAGUCUCGACAAUUGCUGGCGUUGAUCGCGAUACUUUCGAAAAGAACUUUGAUCUCCAGGUGAAGAAACUCGCACAGGAUAAGAGGGCCCAGCCUGCGGAUCGAACCAAGACAGACGAGGAAAAGGCUGAGGAAGAGUCCAAGAGGCUUAAGGAGCUUGAAGAUAAGCGCCAGAGACGCAUGAGAGGAGAGGAGGUCUCGGACAGUGAGGACGAUGAGGCAGACAAGCGCAAGAAGAAUCAGCAAGAUGAGAUGGACUUGGACGAAGAUGACGAGGAUUUCGGUCUCGGAGAUGGUAUUAGGGCCCGACCAACUGCAACGGAACUGGGAUUCGACGAUGAGGAUGACUUUAUCAUUGACGAUGAUCUUGUCGCCAGCGGAUCGGACCUGGAACUUGUCGACAGUGACGAAGACUCGGAUAUGGAGGGCUCUGACGAAGAGGCUGAUGAGGAGGAAGAUGACGAGUUCACCAAGGGCCUACUCAACGAAGAAGAGCGCCGAAACCCCGUUUUUGAAGCUGACUCGACGACAAAAGCCUCGGCAAUCGAAAAGGGCGACGAACAAGGUCUACCGUACACCUUUGAGUGUCCCCAGUCCUGCGACGAGUUCCGAGUGAUUAUCGCUCCAUAUCCAGCAAAGACAUUCCCUACCAUUGUUCAACGAAUCCGCGCCCUCUACCACCCGAAGCUCAGCAACAAGAACAAGGAGAAGCUGGCCAACUUUUCCACAGCUCUGGUCGACUAUGUCGCUCUGCCUUGGGAUCCUGCGACCUCCCCUCCUUUCGCCGUGCUUGAGAGCAUUGUGCGACACAUCCACUCUCUUGCCAAGAUGUUCCCCGUCGAGAUCAGCCAGCAGUUCCGACAAAACAUUGAGGAGAUGGGUGAGUCACGGCCUCUGGCCUUGGGUCCCGGAGAUCUGAUCCUGCUUACUGCUGUUGGCUCCAUCUUUCCCACGUCCGAUCACUUUCACCAGGUUGUCACGCCUGCCUUGCUGACAAUUGGACGGUAUCUUGGUCAACGAGUCCCUCAAAAUCUGUCGCAUUAUGCUAUUGGCACAUACCUCUCUAUUCUUGCCGUCAGCUAUCAGAAGCUAUCGAAGCGAUAUGUGCCCGAGGUGGUCAACUUCUCUCUGAACACACUCUCUGCUCUGGCCCCUGUUGCUGCCUCAAAGCAGCUUGGAAACUUUCCUCUUCACAAUGUCCCCGCUGGCAUCCGCACUGAAGGCGCUGGCAAGACAGCCGUGAGGAGGCUCAACUUCUCAGACUGCAUUGAUGAGGAGACUGGUGGUAAGGAGGCGGCGGCUCGCAAGGUUGCUAUCCUUGAUACCACCGCUCAGCUCCUGGAAGCGGCUGCGGAUACGUGGACCGGAAAGAGCGCGUUCCUUGAGACCUUUGGUCAGGUUGCUGCUGUGCUGAAGCAUCUUAACAGCAAGGGUUGCCGUUCUCGACUCCCCCCAGCUCUCACUGAGCGGGUUGAGAAGAUCCAAGCCAAGUUUGAGAGGAUGCUCAAGGUUGCCCAGCUAUCACGCCGCAACCUAGAACUCCACCACCACAAACCUCUGGCUAUCAAGACGUACGUGCCUAAGUUCGAGGAGACAUUCGACCCAGACAAGCACUACGACCCCGACCGAGAGAGGGCAGAGCUGGCCAAGCUCAAGAAGGAGCACAAGAAGGAGCGCAAGGGAGCCAUGCGGGAGCUACGCAAGGACGCCAACUUUAUGGCUCGGGAGAAGCUGCGGAUCAAGAAGGCCAAGGACGAGGCGUACGAGAAGAAGUACAAGAGGCUCGUGGCCGAGAUCCAGAGCGAGGAGGGACGAGAGGCGAACGCGUACGAGAGGGAGAGGUCGGCUCGAAAGAGGGCCAAGAACAGGUAG